CGAGGUCGAUAACAGUGUAAACAGUAGUCCAGUCGUGUUUUUAUUUGUAAACAAGAAAAGAAUGUUAUGAAAUUUUAUUGUUAUGGCAACAUGCCUGACCACCACGACAAUUUAUUAAGUCAAAGAGACGAUUCAUACAUCACUGAAAGUGACAACAGCUUCAAAAGUCAUAACAGAUUGAGUAACAUCGAUCAUAGAAGAAGCCAGUAUAUACCAGACCAGUUUCACCCUAAUCAAGCAGAUUUUACUAUCCAUAAGGACCCAAAUCACAGUUUGUCUACAAGACAUGAUAAUUCAGAAAUACCAACUGCCAAUCAGAAAAAUAAACUCGACAUGGCACGACCGUUUAGUUUAAACAAACCGCCCGUCAAAAUGGACAAUCCAAACACGUAUCCACAAAACCAGAAAGAGGAAAUAGGUGCACACUGGCCUCCUGUGUCCGUACCUUCUCCCAGAAGUAGCAAAUCAGACAGAAAACGGCAUGAAGAGAUGUUAAGCAGAAGUAGUAGUACCAAUAAAUCACCACGACUCAGAAAACCAAGUACACCAUCAACGACACAACAUGCAAACCCAGUACAGCUACCAUGUGGGACGACACAUAGUAGCAGUAAUGCAGGCACUCAGAAUACACCUAGCAUGCUAAGUGAUGGACCAGUUUGUCGAAUCUGCCAUGAUGGUGAUCGAAUAGAGGUGCUUGUCUCCCCAUGUUAUUGCGCUGGUUCCGUUGGAUUGUUGCACGUGUCUUGUCUACAGAUGUGGCUCGGGUCCUCUAAUAAAACGUCGUGUGAAAUCUGCAACUUUAAAUUCACACUGCAAAAACGGGCAUGUCCGUUCUCACGGUUUCUGGCAAAUCCGGGUUCUGCUCGUGACAGACGGAAUAUGAUAUUGUACAUGUUGAAUAUAUUUCUGGUAACACCGUUGAUAAUCACCAUGGCGGGAGCACUGUGUUAUCAUGGCAAUAAAAUUCUGUCGGACAGACCUGUGGAGAGAUACGCUGUUAUAAGCUUAGGUGUUGCUUUAGUAUUAUCCUACAGCUUGGCUGCUAUGUUCUCCGUGAGGCAGAUUUGUUGGUUGUACAAAGAUUGGAAGAUGUUCCACCAAGAAGUUAUAUUAUUAUGUACUCCAAGUGACAGACCAAAACAAGAUACUGAUAAUGUAAAAGGACAAAGUGCAACUCAAAUAUCAGGUAGUGUCGGUUCUCGGUCGACAUUGGGAAGCAUCAAACUGCAAAAAAUUAAGGUGAGUGUAACAGGUCGUAUGGCAAGGUACAAAUUACGACAGUAUCAAGGAGCAUCUGCAACACCGACAACAACAACAACAGCACAGAAUACAAAAGGACCUCAGAGAACAUCAGACUUUUCCAGCGAUCAUAGUCACAAAAACAGAAUGCAUAGUCGUUCCAGACAUUCAAUGUCACCAAUAAAUCACAAGAAAAUACCGGAUCAAAAUAGUCAUUUCCAGCGUCAACCAAGUGAACCUCGUUCAAGAAGGAGUUACAGUGGAGAAAAAACAAACACAUCAAAAGAUGGGAGCUAUCUCCGUUGUAAUACUGGAGAGCAUGUUGGGGAGCAUACUGGAGAGCAUGCUGUAGAGCAUACUGGAGAGCAUGCUGGAGUUUCACAUUUAGGUCAUCAGAGUGAUAGACAUCGUCGGCAUUCUAGUCAAUAUAGUUCAGUACCUACUUGCAAUAAAGAUAGUCAUCACCAGACACCUCUUAGAAGGUUAGAUGAAUCUGCAGAAAGAAGAUUUUAUAAAGGGGAAGAGGACAGUGGUGCAAGAAAUUUACCAAAAGGAUCAAGAAUAACGACAGACCCUCCUGCAUAUAUUGAUGGGAACAGAAAUGCAGGACGAUUAGAAAAAGCCGACUUAAAACUAAUGCACACACGAGAUGCAGAUAAAAUAUUCAGUCGUGGAGGAAGCCCGUCUGACGAUGACAGCUUGCAUAUGAAUUUACCGUACGACGAUUUCGUAACGAAAUGGAUCAAUGAUCAAAAGAACAUACUAGGCACAAAGAACAAACAGUUAAUAGAACAUCGAGAUGCUAGAGUAAUGUGCCAAUCAAACGCUCGUGAAGAAGUUUUAUGUGAAGCUGUUCAGUCUAAUUCUGAAGUUUUUGAAAAAUGUAACACUCCUGGCCCAAUACAAAACACUGUCACAGCUAUAGAACAUGAAGAAGCUUGUAGUUCCAACCAACUGUCUGACACUUUAAAGCGGGCCAGGAGUUGCAUUGAAAAGUCAGACUUUACAGUCAGUGCACCUGUCCCGUUAACAACUCAUGCGUCUUAUACGACAUAUUCAGCGUACACUGGCCAUAUUGAAGUAGAUUCUGAUGAUCCAAAUAAUAUAAAAACCAAGUUCUCGAAAAAGUACAAGACUUGAAAUUGUCUAGAAAUACCUAGAAUUUUUCUGUUGUUAAUAAGAUAACUUGCCAGCGCCUCUGGUAGUUGAAAUGAAAUUAAAUGUUGUUUUAUUUUAGUUCAAAUGAACAUACGCCAAAUAUUGUUGCUUAUUAAAUGUUGUUUUAUUUUAGUUCAAAUGAACAUACGCCAAAUAUUGUUGUUUAUUUAUCUUGAUUGUUGUUCUUCGUUAUUGAAGUUUUCAAUUAUUAAAUCUCGUUUUUUGUAUGUCAUUACAUAUAUGUAUGCUUUGAAA